CCGGUUUCUGAAGACUUCAUAACUGUGGGAUCAUUCUAUAUCUAUGGCUGUGAUAUAUUUUACCUACAAGCAAGGAAAUCAUGGCAUCUACAAAGAAAAAGCUGAGAAUGCACAAAAAAAAUGUACCCAAAGGUGGAUCAAGUAAAAUUUCACAGACGGUGUCUGCAGAAGCCUCUCCUGAUUCCAAGUGCCCCAUUUGCCUGGACAGAUUCAAUAACGUGGCCUACCUGGACCACUGUCUGCACAAGUUUUGUUAUCAGUGCAUCCAUGAAUGGUCGAAAAACAAAGUAGAGUGUCCACUCUGCAAACAGCCCUUUGAUUCGAUCUACCGCACCAUAGAAGCAGAGAACAACUUUAAAGAAUUAGUUUUGCGACCAACUGAGAGUGGCUCCUUUGGCAGUCCUGACGGGCAUAGGUUCAGGUAUCGCACAACAAUGACAAGGAGGACUUCCCCGCCCCCCGACAAUGGAAUCUUGUUUGAAGGGCUGACGGGAAAUGCUCCUCCCCAGCGUGAUCAAGGAGUUCAACGCAUGAAGCUGCGACUUGCAGCAAGGAGGCGAGCCCAGACUGAGGGCAGGCUAAUGCAGGAGCAAGAUGUGAUCAAUUUCAGACGGGCUCUCUACCAAACUGGGGUCCGAGUCCGAAAAGUGCACGAUGGCGGGCGCUACAGGGACAUCUCUGCCGAAUUUUGGAGGAGAAACCCAGCCUGUCUCCACCGACUGGUGCCCUGGCUAAAACGUGAGCUCACUGUGUUGUACGGUGACAAAUCUCUGGUGAACAUUGUCAAGCACAUCAUCAUGACACACAUCACCAGGUAUGACAUGGAAGACCAGGCUAUCCAAAAUGAACUGAAGCCUUUUCUGCUUAACCGUACUGAUCAUUUCUUGCACGAGUUUAUCAGCUUUGCUAGGGCUCCUUACAGUAUGGAUGCUUAUGAUCAGCAUGCUGUUUAUGACUGUGCAGCGGUGUCCUUUGGGGAAGGGAGCAGUUCGGAAUUGUCGGUCAUCACUAUAUCGGCUGAUGAAGCUGAUACUGAAGAGGAUCAAGGGACGCUUUCCAUGGCUGGCAGUGGUCUCAGCGAGGCUCCCUGGGAUGAUGAAACCCCUGGCCCAUCUUAUUCGGCGAUGGAGCAGGUGCAGCCAGGAAUGUUUUCUGUCUGUGAAUCUGAAUCUGUGACCAGUGGUGAUGAGGAAGGACAGAUAAGGCCUUUAGUGCAGGAAAGUGCUCAAGUUAAGACUGAUCCAUCAGCCAAUGAGGGGGCCGAUGCCUCCUCCACUGAUGAAGACUGUGUUAUUGUGGGCUUUGUCAAGCCCCUGGCUGAAAGGACACCUGAGCUUGUCCAACUGUCUUCUGACUCUGAAGAGUCUGUCCACAGUGAAAGCACAGAGUUCCCUGCUCAACCACAGCACUUGCGAUUUUCAAGCAUCAGCAGCCCUCCUUCCUCUGUGUGUUCUGUUGUGUCCAAAGACAAGUCCCCACAUGGGCAUAAAACGUCCGAUAAGAAAGAAACCAGUAAGGACAGAGACCAGUCCAAUUUAUCGGACAAGGCCAGACAUUCUCCUACACAUAGACCUUCCGACAGAGACAAGAAUUCAAGAGGGACCGACACCAGCAAUACUUGCAGCAAAGGGAUGCAUGCGCAUGAUAACAGAAGGCACCACAAGCGAGACCGAUUGAGGAGCAAAGAAAGAUCCAGACAGAAGAACAAAAGGAGAUCAAAAAGCACAGAGAACAGUUGGUCAAUAAAAAGCAUAACAACAUCACUGAACAGUGACAGUACGCUUUCAAGAGGAAAAAGGCAAUCAAGAUCAUGCACCAGGGACUAUCCCCCUUCAAGAGACAUGGGGUGUCAACCGAGCAGAGAUAACAACAACAGUUACUCCAGGCACAGUCAUGAAAAAUCCUAUUCAUACCACUUGGACUCCUACAGCCAUUACAGCAGGGACAGGGGAAGCAACGAUUCAUUGUACAUGCAAAAUAGGUCCUAUAGCGCAAGUUACUAUGUGAGCCCAGAUCAUAGGACCAGAUCUCAUUCAAACAGUAGAAGCAACAGAAGCAGCAGCAGCAGCAGCCACCGGGAUUACCACCAUAGGGAAAGACGAAGGUCGAGAAGCUUCUCUAGCAGCAGUUCCAGGGCUUCCUGUUCUGCCCAUCGGAGAUCCAGGCAUGAUAAACCCAGCGGGAAAAGAAAAUACAAAACCCGUCAUCUGGAGGGCACAUCAAAAGAAGUGACCUCAAAGUCCUACACAUCGUCUUCAUACAGCCUUCCGGAAAAGAGGGGGAGCAGUGAGUGGCAUCACAAAAAGUCUCGAAAGAAGAGCAGAAGUCUGAGUGUGGAAAUAGUCAAUGAUGGGAAGGCAACAGGAGAGAGUAGCCGCUGUCACAAGAAGCAUAAACGCAAGAAAAAAUGCAAGCGCCACAGAAGCAGGGAAAAGGCAGGACACCGAGCCCCAACUGUCAUCACUAUUGACAGUGACAGUGAUCAUGCAAUGGAAAUUGGAAUCAUUGGUGGUUCGGGUCUGGAUGAUCCUGAUAUCUUGGAAGGAAGAAGCGAGAGAUAUGUUGAAACCCCCUAUGGAAAGCAGUACUAUGAAUUUAUCUUCUCAUCUGUGUCGCAACCUUCAGAUGCUCUGAUAGUGGGAAAGAUAAAAAAUGUUGACUGUGUGCUCCUGGCAAGACAUGGAAGGCAACACACAAUAAUGCCAACAAAUGUCAACUAUCGAGCCAAUAUUUGGGCACUCAAAGAAGAAGGCUGCACCCACUUGGUUGUGACGACCGCAUGUGGCUCACUAAGGGAGGAGAUUCAGCCUGCAGACAUUGUCAUUAUUGACCAGUUCAUUGACAGGACAACAAAAAGACAUCAGACCUUUUAUGAUGGGAGCUCUACCAGCCCUGCUGGGGUCUGUCACAUUCCAAUGGCUGAACCCUUCUGUAACAAAACAAGAGAGGUUCUGAUAGAGGUGGCAAGGAACCUUGGAGUGAAGUGCCACCCCAAAGGGACCAUGCUGACGCUCGAGGGACCGCGUUUCUCUUCCAGAGCAGAGAGCCUGAUGUUCCACCAGUGGGGUGCUGACGUCCUCAAUAUGACCACUGUUCCAGAAGUAGUUCUAGCCAGAGAAGCUGGCCUCUGCUAUGCAAGUAUUGCCAUGGCAACAGACUAUGACUGCUGGAAGGAACACGAAGAAACGGUAUGUGUGGACAAUGUGUUAAAAACAAUGAAGGAAAAUGCAAACAAAGCUGCCAGUAUUCUUCUCACUGCUGUACCACAUAUUAGCAAAAUGGAUUGGACGGAAACUGUAAAGAACUUGAAAACUGUAGUGCAGUGUUCAGUCAUGUUACCAAAACAUUGAAAUGAAGGAACCUGCUGAAGGAAAACUUUUUCAAAUCCAUAAUUGCCAUAUAAAACCAAAGGCUGCUGGGCCAUCAGACUUGUAUAGCCUCAAAGAAUGUAAAUGCAAAAACAUGUGGUGUGUACAGUCCAUCUAGUGCUUGUUUGUUUUUGUUUCAUUCAUGUAACAAUAAAUUGCGAGGAAAUUGUCUGUAUUG